GCGCUACGUCCGUGUGCUCGGGCUCAAGGUUGGUGGAAGUCGCGCUUCGCUGGUUAGUCCUAGGCUGGCGCGGCGCAGUUUCUCUGUUACAUGUCUUGGAGUUAUGAGGAGGUUUCUGUUAUUAUAUGCUACACAGCAGGGACAGGCAAAGGCCAUAGCAGAAGAAAUAUGUGAGCAAGCAGUGGCACAUGGAUUUUCUGCAGAUCUUCACUGCAUUAGUGAGUCCAACAAGUAUGACCUAAAAACCGAAACAGCUCCUCUUGUUGUUGUGGUUUCCACCACGGGCACCGGAGACCCACCAGACACAGCCCGCAAGUUUGUUAAGGAAAUACAGAACAAAACACUGCCGGUUGAUUUCUUUGCUCACCUGCGGUAUGGGUUAUUGGGUCUGGGGAAUUCAGAAUACACCUACUUUUGCAAUGGGGGAAAAAUAAUUGAUAAACGAUUUCAAGAGCUUGGAGCCCGACAUUUCUAUGACACUGGACAUGCAGAUGACUGUGUAGGUUUAGAACUUGUGGUGGAGCCAUGGAUUGCUGGACUCUGGCCGGCCCUGAGAGAGCAUUUUAGACAAGAGCAGAUAAGUGGAGCACUCCCGAUGGCGUCACAUGCCUCCUCAAGGAUAGACCUUGUGAAGUCAGAGCUGCUAAACGUUGAAUCACAAGUCGAGCUUCUGAGAUUGGAUGAUUCAGGAAGAAAGGAUCCUGAGGUUUUGAAGCAAAAUGUAGUGAACAGCAAUCAAUCCAGUGUUUCAGUCGAAGACUUUGAGUCCUCUCUUACCCGUUCAGUAUAUCCACUCUCACAAGCCUCUCUGAAUAUUCCUGCUUUACCCCCAGAAUAUUUACAGGUACAACUGCAGGAGUCUCUUGGCCAGUAGGAAAGCCAAGCAUCUGUGAUUUCAGCAGAUCCAAUUUUUCAAGUUCCAAUUUCAAAGGCAGUUCAGCUUACUACGAAUGAUGCCAUAAAAACCACUCUGCUGGUAGAAUUGGACAUUUCAAAAACAGAUUUUUCCUAUCAGCCUGGAGAUGCCUUCAGCGUGAUAUGUCCUAACAGUGAUUUUGAGGUACAAAGCCUACUCCAAAGACUGCAGCUUGAAGACAAAAGAGAGCACUGUGUCCUUUUGAAAGUAAAGGCAGACACAAAGAAGAAAGGAGCUGCCUUACCCCAGCAUAUACCUGCAAGAUGUUCUCUCCAGUUCAUUUUUACCUGGUGUCUUGAAAUACGAGCAAUUCCUAAAAAGGCAUUUUUGCGAGCCCUUGUGGACUAUACCAGUGACGGCGCUGAAAAGCGCAGGCUACAGGAGCUGUGCAGUAAGCAAGGGGCAGCCGAUUAUAACCGCUUUGUGCGCAACGCCGGUGCCUGCCUGUUGGAUCUCCUCCUCACUUUCCUUUCUUGCCAGCCACCGCUCAGUCUCUUGCUCGAACAUCUUCCUAAACUCCAACCCAGACCAUAUUCAUGUGCAAGCUCAAGUUUAUUUCACCCAGGGAAGCUUCAUUUUGUCUUCAACAUUGUGGAAUUUCUGUCUACUGCCACAGCAGAGGUUGUGCGGAAGGGAGUGUGUACAGGCUGGCUGGCCUCGUUGGUUGCCUCAGUUCUUCAGCCAGACACACAUGCGUCCCAUGAAGACAGCAGGCAAGUCCUGGCUCCUAAGAUCUCCAUCUGUCCUCGAACAACAAAUUCUUUCCACUUGCCAAAUGACCCGUCAAUCCCCAUCAUAAUGGUGGGCCCAGGAACUGGCAUAGCCCCGUUUAUUGGGUUCCUACAACAUAGAGAGAAACUCCAAGAACAACACCCUGAUGGAAAUUUUGGAGCAAUGUGGUUGUUUUUUGGCUGCCGACAUAAGGAUAGGGAUUAUCUAUUCAGAAAAGAACUCAGACAUUUCCUUAAGCAUGGGAUCUUAACUCAUCUAAAGGUUUCCUUCUCACGAGAUGCUCCUGUUGGGGAGGAGGAAGCCUCAGCAAAGUAUGUGCAAGACAACAUCCAGCUUCAUGGCAAGCAGGUGGCGAGAGUCCUCCUCCAUGAGAAUGGCUGUAUUUACGUGUGUGGAGAUGCUAAGAAUAUGGCCAAGGAUGUAAAUGAUGCCCUUGUGGAAAUAAUAAGCAAAGAGGUUGGAGGUGACAGACUAGAAGCGAUGAAAACCCUGGCCACUUUAAAAGAAGAAAAACGCUAUCUUCAGGAUAUUUGGUCAUAGAACCAGAAAUUUAAAGAAGAGAAUUAAGCUUUUUUGACUGGAAGUACUAAAAGUUGUUGGUUUUAUCAGUGCUAAGACACUGAAUGUUCAAAAGAAAAUUUUCUUUUAACAUUUUUUGGAGGAGAUGGAGUGGGGAUUGAAUCAUUUAGCAAUAUAACAACACUUACUGAUUUGAUUUAAUUUACCUCCCUCUAUGCCCUUCUUUUUUUUGAGACGGAGUUUCGCUCUUAUUACCCAGGCUGGA